AUGACGUCGAUGUGCGCAUCCGUUGAUUCUCCAUUGAGUUGUGCGUCCUUCCAAAAGCUGCUGCCGCGUAAAGAGGCAACGGUUGACAUAUAUGCUCCAACAAGAAAACAGCUGACGGUGACCACGUUGUCUACUGCGAGAUGGAGGAACGACUCCGAAGAUGCUGGCAAGGAAGGGCGUGUACAGGAUGAUGCAGUGGAUGGUGAGCGAUAUCGUAGUCGCAACCAUGAGGUGCGGAUUCAACCACGGGGGUGUGGACAACAGAGACGAUUCCUCAGAUACCGCGUUGAAGGCGUUGAACAUUUCAAUCAUGACCAGCACCGUGAGGCUGAUGGUGGCGGGCUUUAUUUUUCCGAGCGUGAAGUAGCUGCACAUGUCGUCGGUCAUGCCAUCCAAUCGGUUGACAGAGAAAUCCUUCCACAGUGCGCAUUUGCUGAAGCUCAUGAGCUGCUUCAGCGUAACGGUUGUGUUUCCGUCGUUGGGGGAAAUGCCGUGUACGUACCACCAUACGAACGAUCCUACAGUCGAGACCCCGACGUACAGCCCGAUGAUGAUGUACCUCAGGAAGGUCCAGCCGUCGAUGAGCUUUUCAUCAUUGCUCCUUGGCGGCUUUUGCAUCACUUUAUGGUCAGGCGGGUUGAAGCUGAGAGCGGUGGCUGGCAGACCAUCGGUGACCAGGUUGACCCACAGCAAUUUGACAGGCAUCAUACCCUCUGGUAUACUCAUAGCAGCGGUCAAGAAUAUGGAUGCAACCUCACCUAUGUUGCUGGAAAUGAGGUACCUGAUGAACGCCUUCAUGUUCGAGUAGAUGCAUCUGCCUUCCUCGAUAGCGGCGACGAUCGAUUGGAAAUUGUCGUCGACGAGGAUCAUGUCAGCGGCCUCCUUGGCAACUUCAGUUCCAGUGAUUCCCAUGGCAAUACCGAUAUCGGCCAUCUUCAACGCAGGUGCAUCAUUAACACCAUCACCCGUCAUGGCCACAGUUUCGCCCAACUGCUUGAGUAUGGACACAAUAUCCUGCUUGUGUUUGGGCUCAGUUCGGCUGAAUACAACGCCUUGCGCGCUUACGACACGUCGUUUUUCACUAUCGGACAAUUUUUCGAAUUCCUUACCAGUGUACGAGUAGUAGAGCUUGUCGCCCACAGCAGGGAACUCUGCAGGCAAUAUGCCUACACGUUUCGCAAUAGCUUCCGCCGUCAACUUGUUGUCACCGGUGAUCAUGAACACCCUAAUGCCGGCCGUGUGCGCCAUUUCAAUGGCCUGCUUAACCUGUGGCCUCGGCGGGUCCAGGAUACCCGUAAGACCUAA